UCCUAUUUUAAAGAACCACACUCCACUGCAGAACUAAACAGUCCACCGACAGCAGCAGCAAGUGAUCAUAGUGAGUGAGCCAAUGUCCGCUUACAUUCCGCCGCACAAAAGGCACACAAAGGGAUCGCCGUCGCCGAAGCCAACUCCGUCGCCGGAGUCCCUGACACCUACCUUCAAGAAAAACCUGAAUUUCGGGAACCAGAAGAGAAAGGAAAAGUAUUUGGGCGGCUUCCUUUACGCUCAUGAUGCAGUUUCCAAAUGGUUCCCCGUUGGCUUGACUGUUGACGAUUCUCAGUUUUCAUCUCUUGUGAGGCUCCAACCCGUUUCAGUGGAGCGAAAAUCAGGAGAUAAACCUCUCUCUUUGGUUCUAAUGGAAGGUUGCAGCGAACGAACAAAUCAGCUUAUGGAUAAGCCAUGGCUUUUGGCGGCUUUAAGUGUGAUGGAGGACUUACUUUUGUCAUUUCAGCAUGUGAAGCGUGACAUGGAGGAAUCUAAUAUGGAAGAAAUAAAGCCAACUCUAGUUGCUCGUUUUGGAAGGAUUCUCUUUUAUGGGUUAGUAUUCUUCAUUUCUAUAUUAGGCUUGUCAUAUUAGGAAUCUUUGGAGUCUUUUGUACCCUUGUGAAACCUAAUAACAUGUGUCCUUAUAUUCGAAACAUAUAGGUAUUUAACAAUGCAAACCUCCCUGACUAAAU